AUGGCUGAUUGCAUUCCUGGUCCACAUGCUGGAAAUCCACUGGCUCAGUGCACAGUUGCAGGCCCGGUGUUUGUAGGUCGGUGGCAACUGCAUGGCACCACGGCAUGGGAUUGGGCAGUUUGGGGCUCACAAGGAAUGCUGACCAGACCUAUAACAGCAGUUGGACCUGGGUUUGCAACUGGAGCAUUUGCAGGUCAUUAUGCUUUCCACCUUUGGAAACCAUUGGAGCAGAUGAUUACAGAGACAGUAAGGUGGAUUUUGAUCUCUAGUCUUUCAUUAUACUAUAAAGGAGGAUUUGAAUAGAAAAUGACUGGAUGAGAAGUUGGUCCUAUUUUAAGUAUAAGUCCAUGUAGUGUCAAGGCCAAAAUCAGAACAGGCCACAGAAAAAUUAUUAUGAAUCAACUUUAUAAAGGAAGAUCACCUUACUUAACAACAAAAGUAAAUGAAGCAAAAGAUUUAUCACUGUUGGAAUUCAGUGAUAAAAUCCAGUGA